AUGUUGUGGCUCCAGAGAUCUCGGAUUGAUUGGCUAAAGGAAGGGGAUCGUAACACCAAGAUGUUCCACAGGAAGGCAGUUUGGCGAGCGAGGAAGAAUAAAAUCCAAGGGCUGGCGGAGGAGGCGGGUGUUAUGCUCACUGAUCAGGCCACCAUGCUACAGAUGGCAAAAUGUUAUUUUCAUAAUUUAUUCACAGCUGACCCAAUGUUGGAGCCACAUGAUGUGUUACAGCUUAUACAGCCCAAGGUGUCCGCGGAGAUGAACAAUAAUCUAUGCAAGGAAUUUACCGAUGAGGAGAUUUCUAAUGCAAUGUUCCAGAUAGGGCCCCUAAAGGCGCCGGGGCCGGAUGGGUUCCCCACGAGAUUCUUCCAGCGGCAUUGGGCGGUGAUGAAGGAUGACAUAAUUAAUGCGGAGAAGGACCCGGAGCAGAGCUUUUGUGCCUAUAAACUGGACCUGUCCAAGGCUUACGAUCGGGCAGAUUGGGUUUUCUUGGAGCGAGUGAUGCAACAGAUGGGUUUCUCUCACCGAUGGGUGGAUUGGAUAAUGAGGUGUGUCACCUCGGAGAUUGCAGCCAACCGCCUCACUCCACUCCGGGUGUGCGCCCAAGCUCCAGGCAUCUCACACCUCCUGUUCGCGGAUGACACCUUAUUGUUCUUUCGUGCUAAUGGACAGGAGGCUGCCCAAGUCAAAGAAGCUCUCAGUACAUAUGCUAGAGCUACGGGCCAGCUCAUAAAUCCUGCCAAGUGCUCUAUAAUGUUCAGCCCCAAAUGUUCACAAGCUAACAAACAGGAGGUCAUGCACAACUUGGACGUGGUGAAUAUGAGCUUUGAGGAAAAAUAUCUUGGCUUUCCAACGCCAAGUGGCCGCUUUUCAAAAGGGAAACUACACAAUCUUCAGCAGCAACUGACGAAGAGAAUUAUAGAGUGGGGGGAAUUGAUGUCCCAAGCAGGACAUGAGGUUCUUAUCAAGGCGGUGGCGCAGGCCCUACCCACCUUCCUAAUGAGUUUGUUUACAUUUCCUGGAAGCACCUGCGAUGAUUUGGGGCGGAUGAUUCGUAGCUACUGGUGGGGCGCGUACAGAGGCAAGAGGAAAACCCACUAG